AGUGUUUAAUAAAAAAAAAAAAGUAAAAUUGAAUUCACACCUUAGUACCCGAAUGAACCAUUAAAGAAACCGGGGAGCAUCCGGAACUAUAUCCUGGUAAUCGCGUCGCCCAAACACAACAGAAGGAAGAAACGAGCGAUAGUCCUCAAGCCUACCUCGUUCUUCAUCGUUUUACUUCUUGCCAUCCAUUUGGCGUUUAGGUUUUCUUUUCCAAUUUGCCCCUAGGGUUUUUCAGCUCAUUCCUCUUUGGCAGCAAAAGCGAAAGAAAUCUCCGACUCCGACGACUUCCUUUCCUAACAAUUUCUUAAUCAAUUUCAAAUAAUUUCUUUUUUUUCUUUCAAUUUCUUGCGGCUCCUUUUUAAGCCGGCUCAACAUGACCGGAUCCGGUGCCGGAGAAGGCCCGAGCCUGAUAAAGCAACUAGCGGCUUGCGACAAGUCGACCCGAGAAAUAGCCGUACGGUAUCUCCUCAACGCGUGGCUUCCUUCACAGACCGAAGUCUCGGAUGAAGAGAUGAAGAGGCUCUGGAAAGGUCUUUUCUACUGCGUUUGGCACGCCGACGAGCUGCCGACUCAGUCCGACCUCAUCGAUAAGCUUUCCUCGGUUCUCCCGAAGCUCGAACCAGGUCUAUCUAUCCAAUAUUUCUCUGUUUUUCUUCUUACUAUGCGUCGCGAGUGGAACGGAAUUGAUAAGCUAAGGUUAGAUAAGUUUUGCCUCUUAAUUCGUAGGUUUUUGAAUUGCUUUUUUAGUAUGUUGAAGAAAUGGUCGUGGGAUUUGGAUCUUUCGCGUCGUUCGAUUAGGGUUUUAGUUGAUGGAACUUUUUUAGCUGAUGAUAAGUUUAAUGGGAAUGGCGUUAAUUAUCACAUUGCUUUGGUUUUUCUCGAGGAAAUUAGGCGCUUUCUUCCUGUAAAAAAAGAGGUUGUUGAGGUUUUGUUGGAACCAUUUGUUGGAAUUAUGGGGAAAGUGAGUGAUAAGGUUUUGGUUGGGAAGAUUAGGAGUAAUGUAUUCGAUGUGUUUGUUAAAAUGGGAAGGAGAUUGUUGGAACUUAAGAGGUCUGGUGAGGAGGUUGAUGAAGGUGAUGAUGUGGUUGUGUUGGGGACGAUUAGUUUGAUAAUGGGAUUCUCUACGAAGUUUUAUGAAUUGGGUUCGUCAGUGGAUUGCUAUCAAGGUAAUAGAAAGGUUGUGUUAGCAUUACACGAGGAAUUCUUGAAGUUGGAGAACGAUAUGACAUCAUUGGGUUUUGAUAUUUCGAUUCCUGAGGGUAAUGAAGGUGAUGAAGAAGAUGAGGUGCCUGAAUUGAUACCUAUUGCUAACAAGAUAGAAGUGGAUGGUUCUAAUGAUGUUUUGGAGCCAGUUGAAGUUAAUGUUAAUGGUACUGCCAAGAAGGUGUUGAAGGAGAGCAAGAAGGCCAAAAAGGUGACUGAGGGCAGUGGUAAAACGACUAAAAAAUGCAAGGAUGCUGAAUGUAGCACUGCAGAUCAGGAGAACGAUAGUCUGGUACCUGCAGAAAGUUCCAGUUCUACUAUUGAGAAGAAUGGUGAUGGGGAUUUGAUAGCAUUUACUAAAUCAGUGAUUUUGAACCUUCAGCUCCAGUUUGAGAAGGUUGCUGCAGAAGUGGGCUUGAAUAGCGAUGUUGGAAAUGCCUGCAAUUUGCCAAAAGUAAAUGGUGCUGUCUCAAAGAAGAGAAAGAGAGCAAAGAGUACAGAUGGCCGUAAAUCCCAGAAUGGGGAGCUAACCAGUCAAGGGGAUGGUGAAGGUGGUGGAACCGCAAAAAGUGGUGAGAAUAGCACAAAGAGGGUAAGAUUUUCAAUGAAAAACAACUUGGUUUGGAAGCCCCACAACCCUUUACCUCCACUAAGUUUGAGAUUACCGCCCUCUGUUACUCCUAGAGGAAGUGCACUUAAGAAAGGGAUACCUCCAGGUCCUAUAAGGGAAAUGCCUCCUAUGACUAAAAAGGUAAAGAAAGCUAAAUCUGUGAAGAAGGCUCGGAAAGUAAAAAAGAGCAUGUAUCCUCUAGCCAAACGCACAAAGAAGUUGAAAUCUAUGUCCUCUUAGCAGAGUCUGCUUUGUGAAUUUGUUCUUUUGUGGAAAAAGGUUUACAUGCUUAGUAAAUUUUCUAAAUUUGGUAAUUGUUCUCUCUAUUUUUUUUUCAUAGUUUAGACUUUCUAGUUUCCAUCAAAUAUAGUCUUUUUUCUUUCUAGACCUUUUGGUCUUUGAAUUCUGAAGUUGAUUGUGAUGACAAGGUGAUUUACCCAUGAGUGAAAAAUGGACCUUGGAUUGAAUUAUAUUCUUUACUUGAUGGUGGAUGUAUGAAUUAGCACUACUGGAUUGACAGUAUUAUUUCUUUGCUCCUCAAAUUUUCUAGCAUUUAUUUGUUGGUGUUAUGUUUUGGGUAUUAUUUGACUAAUUUUGGGAUUGAGCUAUUCAUUGUGCAUGUGCAUUCUUAUUGAUACAUAUCUGAUUGAGGAACUAUGCUUUCUUCACCCUUCUCUUCCCUUCUGAAUCCUCAUGUUCACUUUCACUUACUGCAAGAUUUUGGGUCAUUUUCCCUCGUUUGGUGUGAAUUUUUUCAUCGUCAUCUCUCUCAAGAGGUCAACCUGCUUCUUACGCUAGGAUUUAGUUUGGAAAUGAAAAUUGGCUCUGCUUUUCUGAACAGUAAUUUGAGUUGUGAUUAAAUCUGAUAAGUAGUUCUAAUGUCCAUAUCCAUCUGCAAAUGUGUACAACUAGAAGAUUUUUUUUUACCAUGAAAGGGGAAAAACGAGCGCCUUGGAUUUAGAGUUCAACAUCGUUCUUGUUGAAGCGGUAUAUUUGCUUAAUGCGAGAGUGGUAAUGAAAGCCCAACGCUGAUAAUUCAUGAUGGCCCAUAGCAUGAAUGCUAACACGGAUGUUGUGUUGCAACCUGAACGCCAUAGGGCCAUACAUCGCUUACCAAUCGAAAAAUGAAUCAAAAAAUCGGUUUAAUACCUGAGAUGAUGGAUCGACAAUUCUA